CUUUGUCCGUUAGGAGAUGAUGGGGGUUGAAAGGCAGUGUGAGGUGGAGGUACUGACACCAUCCCAAAGAGAUUUACAGUGGGUCCAAAAACAGCUGUCAAUCAUCUCCAACAGAACCAACGGACCAGGAAGGACCAAGGAUAAGAAACUGAGGAAUGAGGUGUUUCCAUUACAUUUAUCGCCUCAGCAUGUGGAAGCAUACCGGCUGCUAGAGGACAGGAAACACAAACUCUCACCCGAGACCGCCGCCCUCUACCUGCUUCGACAACAGCACAAACUAUUGGAGACUGAGAUCAGCAGGAAGAGGAAGGAGUGCGAAGUCCUUGAGGAGGAGGUGAAGAAAAAAAGCCAGUCAUGUCAAACUCUGGAGAGUGAGCUUCAGCAUGUUCUGCAGGAGAAAGCACGUCUGAAUCUCCGCUUGUUCAACGAUACCCAGAAGGCAGCAAAGUAUGAGCAGGUGAAAAGUGAGUAUGAACAGCUGCAGGAGGCUCUGUACACUGUGACAGUGGAGAGAGAUUGCGCUCUGUUGGAGAGGACUGAGCUCCAAGGCAAACUGGAGAACCUAGAGCAGGUGCUGAAGCAUAUGCGAGAGGCUGCAGAGAGGAGGCAGCAGCUAGAAUUAGAGCAUGAACAAGCCUUGGCCGUCCUCAGUGCCAAGCAGCAGGAGAUUGACCUUCUGCAGAAGGCUCAGGUUGAGGCUAAGAAGGAACAUGAAGGUGCCGUCCAUCUGUUAGAGAAUCACUUGGACAGCAUGCAGCUGAGAAGUUUCCUUCGCACUAAGAACACAAUGCGAUUUUUGGCUAAAGUGAGAGAACUGGAGGAAAAAUGCCGGACGCAGAGUGAGCAGUUUAACCUGCUGUCGAAAGAGUUGGAGAAGUUCAGGUUGCAGGCUGGGAAGUUAGACAUCCUGAGCAGCAGUCAGCUGACAGGGGGCGACUCGCCCGGCUCACCCACCAAACCCCUCACCCUGUCCCAGCUCCUCAACGGCCUCACUGCCCCCUCCGGGAAAGGUAAUGAGGAUUCCAUGAGUAAGAUCUCAGAGCUCAUUCGGCCUCUGCAGAUGACUGAGGGGGAGAAAGUAGAGCUCCUGUCUGUCAAACCCACGUUCCUGUCACGCAGCACACCCUCCAGCCCACGGCGGGCCUUCCUCUCAGAGGUACGGCCCGUCAUCGCUACUGCUAUGGACAAAGAGCUCGGCUCGUCCCCAAGGUCUAAGUCCAGAUACACAGGCAAAGUACGACUGUGUGUUGCCCGCUACAAUUAUAACCCUUACGAUGGCCCCAAUGAGCAUCCUGAAGCAGAGCUCCCCCUUGUGGCUGGGAAGUACCUGUAUGUUUAUGGGACUAUGGAUGAGGACGGAUUCUAUGAGGGUGAGUUGUUGGACGGACAGCAGGGUCUCGUUCCCUCCAACUUUGUGGACUUUGUCCAGGAUGAGGAGCUCCCGUCGGUUCCUCUCUUGGACCGGAUCAAGGAACCGUCCUACCUCAACCACAGCCCCGCCUCCAUGCCCAGCAGUGCUGUGAGUACACUCAGCACGCUGCUCUCAGAGAAGCUGGACGCCCUGGGCUCGGGCACCGGGACGGGCACCAGCAGCAGCAGUGGGGUGAGCAGCUUGGGCAUGAGCAUGGGGCUGGGCAUGGACUUCCUGGGACCUUGCAGCAAUGGCACAGGCACGCUGGACGUGAACAUCGACGAGAUCGGAGAAGACAUCGUGCCUUACCCCCGCCGCAUUACCUUGAUCAAGCAGCUGGCCAAGAGCGUGAUCAUAAGCUGGGACCCUCCGGUGGUGCUGCCCGGGUGGACGCCCAUCAGCGGCUACAAUGUGCUGGUGGAUCAGGAGGUACGCAUGAGCGUGCCCUUCGGCGGCCGCACCAAGUCAUUGAUCGAGAAGCUGAAUCUGGCCUCCUGUACGCACCGCAUCUCCAUCCAGAGCGUGACAGAGCGGGGGCUCUCCGAUCCGCUGCGCUGCACACUGCUGGUGGGGAAAGAUGUGGUGGUGGCGCCCUAUUACCUUCGGGUGGAGAACAUCACGCAAGCAUCGGCUGAGCUCACCUGGAUGCCAAGCAACAGCAACUACAGCCACAUGAUCUUCCUGAAUGAGGUGGAGUAUGAUGUUGUGAAACCCGGAGGGUACAAAUACCACUUCUACAACCUGAAGCCCAUGACGGUGUAUAAGAUACGGGUGGUGGCCCGGCCCCAUCAGAUGCCCUGGCAGCUUCCCCUCGAACAGAGGGAGAAGAAGGAGGUCUCAGUAGAGUUCUGCACACAGCCAGCCGCUCGACAUGCGUUCUUGCAAAAACAAGAUGGUACUUCAAGACUGAAUUGCUCCAGUGGUCCUCCUUUACCUCCUCAGGAUGUGCAGGUUCAGAUGGGACAGACACCAGGAGUCUUGCAGAUCCGUUGGAAGCCGCCUCCUCUCACUCCAACCGGCACCUCCAAUGGAGCCAAUGUAAUCGGAUACAUAGUCUGCACUAAAGGUCAAAAGAUAGCAGAGAUAAUGUACCCAACCGCAGAUUUUGUUACGGUGGAACUGAACCGUAUCCAGUGUCUGGAAGCGCGGGAGGUUGUCGUGAGGACAAUAUCAGCACAAGGAGAGUCUCAGGACUCCCCCGUGGCCGCCAUUCCGCACAACCUCCUGGUUUCCCACGGACACCCCCCUCACAUCCAGUCUCACCCCCAGACUCACCCACCUCCCUACCCACAAGCCUACCCCCCAACCCAUCCACAACCGCACGUCCAGCCCCACUCCGUGCCACCAACCCACCCUCAUCCACCCUCCUCGCACCCCCACGGCCAUCCCUCGCCCUCUCCGUACCCCAUGUCUAAACCCAAACUCCUACCAAGUGCCAGAGACCCCCAUGCCAAAGAGCCUGAGAUGGGCAGGCGAAUGGGGCAGCCCUGGGACUCGCAUCCCCGGGCUCCGUCACCACUACCGCCCCCUUCGCACCCGGGACACACGCUGGAGCCCCCUCAUGUAGAGGGCCGGCGCUCACCCUCCCCUCAGAGGAUCUUGCCUCAACCUCAGGGAGUGCCCAUUCCCAACACAGUGGCUCGUGCUAUGGCCCGCCAGGCGGCGCAGCGGAGCGCCCCGAACAGCAGGGUGGAGAGGAGGAACAUAUUUAGCGAGAGAGGUAAUGCUCUGCAUUCAUUAAACUCAGACGAGGAGGAGGACGGGUAUGAUUCCCCUCACGCUCGGCGAAGAGGAGCUUCUGUGGACGAGUUUCUCAGAGGUUCUGAGCUGGGCAGACACCAUCAUCACUAUAGCCACAGUGAGGAGUACUACACCGAGAGCAGUCGGGGCUCCGAUCUGUCCGACAUCAUGGAGGAGGAUGAGGAGGAGCUGUACUCGGAGAUGCAGCUGGAAGAAGGGCGCCGCCGCAGCAUCAACUCACACAACACAUUAAAGGCAUAUUACAGGAGACAAGACCUAGCGGUGGACCGGGACAGUUGGGACCUGCAGCGGGAGGUGGUACGACAGCGCUCCUUGCGUUCCCACAAGCGGCUCCACAGCAUUCCGGAAGUUGCAGAGGAGGAACCGGACACCGGGGUGGAGGUCAUGGGCCAGCGGCUGCGUUUCGAGGAGGCCCGUCCAGGCACACCUUGCAGGACCCCACGGCCCUACCACCAGGACUCACGGCAGCCAAACCAUCUCUCCCCAAGCAAGAGCAUCCGUAGGCUGCAGAGGCAGCGCUCCUCUCCACGCUACAGCUCCAUAGAGGAGCGGCCGCCGUGCUGGAGCAGCAGCAGUAGCAGGCAGACCACCAAGAGCCCAGACAGUGGACUGGACUGUGGAAGCGAGGAGGAGGGCUCGCUUGGCUACCGCGGAAGCUACCACUCGUACAUGGGGGGCAGCCCACUGAGGGUGGGUUCUGGCCCCAACAUGCGGGUGAUCCACAGCGAGGGACCUGUGGAGAGACGUGCUCUGGCUGCCGGCAGAAAAAGGACACUAACCCGGCAGUGCAGCGUGGAGGAGGACUUUCUGGAUGCCAUUCCGGAGACAAGGAGCAUGCGGGAGUCGUACCACCAUUACCACUAUCAUCCGCACCAUCACCAUCCCCAACGCAGGUUCCGGAGUGAGGGCAGGCUGAGCGAGGUUGGCAGGACCUAUCACAGGGACAUUAGGGCCUACUCUGUGGCCAGACUCAACAGGGCAAUGGAUGAACCCCUGAUUUUAGGGAGCUCUCCCUCAACGGGACGCUCAGAUCGACUGGACCAUUCGGGCCGUAGGACGAGUCACGGCUGUCCACCCGCACAGAGAAGGCCAAUGACAGUCCCUUCUAUUGAGAUCACCGUGGAGAAUAACAGUGAGGGGAGUGAGGGGAACCUCUCACCUAUCAAGGACGAUGUUUACUAUACCAAUGUAGCCCACCACAGGAAAUGGCCCCCACAGCGAACAGAGCACCGAUAUGAUGGUUAUGGAGGACGAGACCGACGGUCUCCAGACUACUAUGAAUCAGAGCCAGAGGACUUGUCCCGAAUAUUUGUGGCCAUGUUUGACUAUGACCCCCUGUCAAUGUCUCCUAACCCUGAUGCUGCUGUAGAGGAACUUCCCUUCAAGGAGGGCCAGAUCAUAAAGGUGUUUGGAGAGAAGGACACAGAUGGAUUCUAUAGGGCAGAGAUCUGUGGCCGCAGGGGGCUCAUCCCCUGUAACAUGGUCUCUGAGAUCCAGACAGAUGAUGAUGAAAUGAUGGACCAGCUGCUCAAACAGGGGUUUCUUCCUCUCAACACGCCCAUUGAGAAAAUAGUAAACUGUAAUAGGUUCAAAGAUGGCCGUUCAGUUAAUCGCAGGUCCAGGAAGUCUAAGAGAGAGAGGAACAAAAGGAGUGGAAGGCAGCACCCGGUGUCGACUCGGAGGAUGGUGGCCCUGUAUGACUAUGACCCAAGAGAGAGCUCUCCUAAUGUGGAUGUGGAGGCCCGCUAUGGGGGCAGCUUGCAGAGUGAGGAGGCUGAGCUGACGUUCUGUGCCGGCGAUGUGAUAACAGUGUUUGGAGAGAUCGAUGAGGAUGGCUUUUAUUACGGGGAGCUCAAUGGACACAAGGGUCUGGUCCCCUCCAACUUUCUUGAAGAAGUGCCUGAUGACGUGGAGGUUUACCUCACCAACACCCCGAGCCGUCACCCCCAGGACCACCCGUCCCGGACAAAGAACAAAAGGGUUCCCGUGGAAAAAGCGGGCCCUCCCAGAAGAAGUGCCACCCCCACAGUGCGCCCACACAUCCCGGGGUCCGGCCCCGCAGCCCAGGGGCCCGGCAGUCCCAUCCGGCGCCCCCGAGCUGACUCUAAGAAAACAGGACUGCUCUCCAAAGGAAAGAAUCUAUUGAAAAGGCUUGGUGCUGUCAAAUAGUUUCACAUAACUCUCUUCGCAGCAGCUGGGUUAAGGAGCUUGCAUUUGUGGGGAAUUUACCUUAGAAGGUGGAAAAAAGAGAUCUUCUGUUUCUGUAAUCACAUGGACUGGCCGAAGAAAAGAGAAUGGGAAAAGGUGGAAACUAGGGCUUUCAUGACCGCAACUUAAGCUUUAUGCCUUCGAAACUGUAAUAGGUUCUGUUUGCCCAUGUUUGAUUCUUAAAAGCACAGAAAUGCUCACUAACGUGAGUUACUACGAUGUCUUGUUAGAAAUAUACAAUAGAUGGGAUGUUCUUGGAUAAUACAAUAAAAUCUAUAUUUAUUAAAUGUAAUUGUUUUAUUUUGUGGAUAUUCAAUUUAUUACUAUCGUUUAAUAAAGUUGUUCAAUAUUUAAUAAAUUUAAUGAGAACAAUUAUUAUUAUAAUAAAUUGAAUAUCUCCUAAAUUUAAGAUUUCUUUUUACAAAUAUGCUAUUAUUAUUAUUAUUAAACUAUAUUUUUGGCACAUUUUUCAUCUAGACCUGCUGUUCUCAGAGAAUAUCCUAAUAACCUAGCACAAAGUUUUAGGAGUUUAGCACAAAUAUGGCUUAUAUUUUUACACAUACCAUGAGGUAAAAUGUGUUCUGUCACUUUUGACUGGAUUCUUUUUUUUUUUUUUAAAACACUGACAGGUCAUGAAACUCCUAGUGCAAGUGAGCCUCCUCAUAUUUGCCUUACUCAAUGCACAAUGGUUUGUGUUGUGUCCAGUCAGUUGGGUGAGAUUUGUCUGUGUCGUGUGCAGUCAUGUCGAUGCUUUCGUUCAUGAAAAAAAAAAACUGUAUUUCCUGUGUGACCAAGUGUUGUGUUGUCUUUUGGGUAUCAAAAGUAGGGAAGAAGGGAUUCUAACUGUUUAAACGCUUUGGAAGGAACUAAUGGCUUAUGAAUCCAUUCAUGUGCAAAACGUGCAGCUGAAUGCAAAGAUGUGCAUAAGAAUGGUUUUAUUUGCAAUUUAUACAGAAGUACGUUGUAUGUUUUUGCAAGAAGGCCCUUGAUUUCCUCUUAUUUAGCACAACUUAUUCACAGUUUCACAUGGUUAUUGACUCACUGAUGCCUCUCCUAGCAUUCAAUUCAGAUAGCAAGAUGCACAUACUCCGUACUUGAUAAAGAUGAAGGAAAUGAGCAAUUGUGAAUGUAUGGCCAAGGAAAACCUUCCCGUCUCCGUGAUCUGUUUUCAUCCAGUCUGUACUGUAGUUCUUCUCCAUGUUCAUUUUAUUUCUUUUUCAUUUCACCCCUUCAUUUUGUCCAUGAACCAAGGUACUAAAAGUAGGUUUGCAAGUAUGGACCGAGACUGCCAAAAAACAGGAAUGUAUGAGAAACAUUCUGUAUAUCUUGUACAAUUUUCAGCCAAAAUUCCAGGCGUUUUAAUUCAUCAGAAUAACUGUAUUUUUUUUUUUCCUUAUUCUUUUUUUUUUUUUUUUUUUGCCGAAUCAUUUAAUCACAAGAUGUUACAGAGCAUCGCUUCUACAUGUUUGAGUGACUGCUGCUCUUUUUGUACUUUUUGCCCAUUUGUACAUUCUUUUUAAAUGUUUAUACUUGCUUUUCAGACUGCCUUUUUUGUACAUUAAACUUUAUAAUCUGACAGUGCAAGCUUUCCUCAUGGUGUCUUCAAACCAUAAUGUUUUAAAGUCUGCAAUUGUGUGCUAGCUUUAUGAAAAAGAAUUAUAAGCCUAUAUUGAUGGUUAUCCAAUAUUGUGUGAGUGUGCAUGUGAAGUUUUAUAUCAAAAUAAAUUUGAUAUUUUAUACA